AUGUCCAGAAUUAACAAUUCGUUGUUAGAAUCCUUAGAUAGGUUUGGUGUUCAAUAUGAUCAAUUAACAUAUUUACCAACAAAGUACGGAGCGAUGAUUUAUUCACAACAAACCGACAUCUUAAUUAAAUAUCUUGAAGAAAACCCAAAUUUAGAAUUGGAUUUUUCUGAUAAGUACGGAUAUAUGGAAGAUCAUCCAUUUGCUGUCACUCCUUCUGUAUUUACAAGUUGGGGUUUAUCAAAUGAGUUAGAUAUCAAGCCCGAGGUUUGUGCACCCGGAGGAUUUAUGCUUUCGACUUAUCCAGUUAAUAUUGAACCUUACCUGUUAACUUCUGGAACAAGUAUGGCUGCACCGUAUAUAACAGGCGUAACAGCAUUAUAUUAUGAAGUAUUCGGGAAACUAAAGUCUCCCGAAGAUAUAAAAACCGCACUCAUGAAUAAUGCCGUACCACUUAAAAGUCGUAAUAAAUUAUUGGCCUCGGUGCUUCAUCAGGGAGCAGGAUUUGUUAACGCCUUUAAUGCUUUGAUAUCAACCAGUUUUGUUCACCCACCAAAAAUUAAUUUGAAUGAUACUGUUCAUUUUAAUGGUUAUCACAAAUUAACUGUUUAUAAUUUUGGAAGGGGAAAGAUGAUAUAUAAUUUGUCACAUUUACCAGCUCCAUGCGUUGAUGGAUAUAAUAAUACUUUUAUAGGUAAUUUUUAUGGGUUGAACUUCACAAAUCAACAUGCGGAUGUUAAAUUUGAUAAUGAUCAAAUUACCGUACCGCCUGGAUCAAGUGUUGAAAUCUCUAUUACUUUUGCUCCACCAAGAGAACUACCUAAAGAUGGACAUUGGUUUUAUAGUGGAUGGGUAGUGAUAACUCCUUUGGACGAGAGGAUGCCUUCAAUGACGGUUCCUUAUGCCGGGUUAGCUGAUGAUGCAAAAUCGCUUCCAAUAUUUCAAACUCCAAAAUUUCCUAAACUUGCUAAUUUGACUGAAAAUUACAUCACAAAUGAAGAUCCGGUUAAAUCAUUUUCCUUUAAUACAAGUAUUAGGUUAUUAAUUGAUAAACCAAUCGUGCACCUUGGACUUGCAACUCCUACAGACAUGAUCGUUACUGAAAUACUUGACGCAAAUCAGGAGUUUUUAGGAUUUGUGAAGGAUUAUACUGGAAUUAAAAUUAUGAAAAAUCCGGUAGAAACAUCGAAUAAUUUGGUUUCAUGGAAUGGAAUUAUUUAUAAUAUAAAUGAUACAGGUACUCUCGCUCCUAACGGGGAAUACUUUAUUAGGAUUAAAGCGUUAAAAUUAUUUGGUGAUAAGAAUAACGAGAAGGAUUAUGAAUAUUGGAUUAGCCCCAAAUUUAGAGUUGAGAAGCCGAUCUUUACUAAUCCUUUGCAAUGA